GUGUCUGGUCAUUGAAGAUGAUGGAUUGACCCCACAAAAAGUUUUAUUGUUUUACUUGUGUCGACCGAAAAUUAGUGCGACCUUGUUUGACACGGGUUGCUAAAUUCUUCAUUUGGAGGGGCGUAGUCUGAUGAACAUCAGCACUAUAAUGUCGGGAGGAGCUUAUAAAAGAGUACUAGGAAAGUGAAGUUAUGUCAGUGUGUUGAGAUUUUUUUGAAUGAAAUAUGAAUAAGUGUGCUAAUAUGAAUAAUCUCAAGAGUGCUAUUGUUGUUGCAAUUUCCUUCUUCGUAUCUACGACACUGGGAGGAGUCAUAGUGGAGCAACCAAGUUACGCUAGUUAUGCACCGAAACAUUCAGUGGAUUAUUAUUCACCUCCAAAAUACUCCUUCAAAUACGGAGUCUCUGACCCACACACUGGAGAUCACAAAAGUCAGCAGGAAAGUCGUGUUGGAGAUAUUGUCAAAGGACAAUAUUCUCUAGUCGAACCAGACGGUAGUAUCAGAGUUGUCGACUACACGGCAGACCCAGUGAAUGGUUUCAACGCGGUGGUAUCGAAAUCAGCGCCAUCUAUUCACGCGCCAGCGAAACAUCACGUUGAAGUGGUACCGGCAGUAGUGAAGAAGUUGGUACCUAUAUCGAAACCUGUAGUAUCUGUAGUCAAGACAGUUCCCUUGGUACCUCACAAAUAUGCAGUACCAUCGUACCAUAACACGAUAGGAGCGCUACCUGUUGGGAAUAUUGUGUACGCGAAUGAAAUUGGUCAUGACCAGUACUACCAAGAUUACCAGGAUUCAGCCUACGCUUAUCCACAGUACGAUUUAGAGUCUUAUUAUGAUAAUCAUAAUCAAGUACAUUACUGAACAAACAUUUCUGAUUGAAAUGAAUAAGUUAGUUGAUAUUACGCAUUUAUAGACCAAAAAUAUUUUUAUAAGUAGCCAUCGAUAUAACUGUACAAAAACAAAGUUUUAUCAUUAAGACAUGUAUUAUUCUGUUCAAUUGUUAAUUUAUUUCGAAUAAAACGAUAU